AUUGGUCGGUCGCAGCGUACCCGACUCCUCCCACUAGUAACCGCCCAGCGGGGAGUUCACAACAGCCAGCGAACGGGGCCAUCCGGGAGACUUAUCAAAUUCAGAGGCCCAAACAUGUUUUCCCAAGCCAAGGAGCGCUACGAGGCUUUCCUGACGGAGAAGAACCCGCUCACUGAUCUGCUGACCACGCUGGAGCAGAAGACGGGCGUUCCGAAACAAUACAUCGCCUCAGGUUUCAUUUGCCUGGUUGCCCUCUAUCUCCUCUUCGGCUAUGGGGCGUCCCUCCUCUGCAACCUCAUCGGCUUUGCCUACCCUGCCUUCUACUCCAUUAAGGCCAUCGAGAGCAGCAAAAAGGAGGACGACACCCAGUGGCUGACGUACUGGGUGGUUUAUGGGGUCUUCAGCGUCGCAGAGUCCUUCUCCGACAUCUUCCUCUCCUGGUUCCCCUUCUACUACGCCGGCAAGUGCGUCUUCCUGCUGUGGUGCAUGGCACCUGUGUCAUGGAACGGCUCCACCGUUCUGUACCAGCGAGCGAUCCGGCCCUUUUUCCUGAAGCACCAGGCCGCCAUGGACAGCGUGGUCAGCGACCUGACCGGCAAGGCCAGGAGCAUCGCCAACACGGUCACCAAAGAGGCUGCCAACGUGGCCCUCGGCCAUGAGAAGGGCCAGUGAGGUAUGUCUCACGUCAAGAAGGAUGAGGACCUGGUCACACGAAGCGUCACGCCUCCAGACUUCUUAACAUGAUGGCGUGCGUUGCCCGGGCCGACCACAUGCCUGUGGUCACUGCGACGGUCCCCUGCCCCGAUCUGUGUCAAUCCUUGUGUUAAUUUAUGUUCCCUGUGGGUUUUAUUUUAAUAACGUUGUGUCAUUUCCUCACGAGCGAGAACGUUUUCGAUUAAUUCAUCAAUUUGAUCUGCAGCACAGUAACGAUUGCUUGUGGAGGAGUAAUAAAUAUUUCAAGAUGCUUGGCAAGCUAAUUCGGGACUGCUAGUUGGAGAAUGUUGCUCUCUUGGUGUGUCAAGGCCCUAUUUAUGUGACUGUCGGAGCUGUUGUCCUGCAUUCCAAUCCUGCUUGCCCUUAAUAACCAGGCUUGAUUUGUCUUACUGGAAGGCGCUGAAAUGUUGGUCUGUUUGCUUUUGUUUUUGUUAUGUGAAGGAAUACAACUGGAAUGUGAAGUAAUAAUAAAAUGUGAAGGAAUAAUAAAA